UCUACAGACAACCGAAAAGUCUUACACCAAGAGCCCAGCCCGCUCCGCCCAUUCCUUGCCCAACAAAAAGAGAGAAGAAAGAAAAUGGUCCUCACAGCCGCUUUCGCACCGCCUUCGCAAUCGUCUCUCCUCUCCCUCCGCCGCCCCUCCUCCAAGCCCUACCUCUCCUCCUUCUCCUUCUCCUCCUCCUCCUCCAAACCCUUCCUCUCCUUCUCCUACCCCCACCGCCGCGGCUUCCUCGUCUCACCCUCCUCCCUCGCCGCGGUUGCCGACUCGGAAGCGGCCGCGCCGACUGCUAUAGCGCGGGAGGUCAAAUUCGAAGAAGAACUCGGCGGCGGAGGCAGCGGCGGCGGCGGCGGCGGCGGCGGUGGUGACGGGGAGGGAUUCGGCGGAGGCGGCGGCGGCGGCGGCGGCGGCGGCGGGGGAAGUGGCGGCGGAGGCGAGGGGGAUUCGGGUGAGAUAAGGGAGAAGGGCGGGAUGUCGAUGUCGCAGAAGCUCACUUUGGCUUAUGCUGCCCUUGUUGGAGCGGGAGGAGUGAUGGGAUACGCCAAGGGAGGAAGCCAAAAGUCACUAGCAGCUGGAGGCAUAUCAGCCUCGAUCCUGUAUUACGUCUACACGCAACUCCCUGUGAGACCGGCCUUUGCAUCAGCCAUCGGACUAGGCAUAUCUGGUGCUCUUCUGGCGGUGAUGGGUUCUCGCUUUAUGAAGUCGGGGAAGAUAUUUCCAGCGGGUGUUGUAUCUCUCGUGUCCUUAGUCAUGGUUGGUGGCUACUUCCACGGUAUUAUUCGCAGCUCACAUCCAUGACAUCAGUUACAGCGUGAUGCUAUCUGGAAUAUUUCUUUUUUGGCAUGUUUUAGCAAGUUCCUAAUAGUCUGCAUACACUCUCGUUAAAGACUCUUUGUAUCCUCAAAUGUCACUUCGCCUUUUUGUUGAUGCUCAAAAGUUGUUGCCGUGUUUGUUUUGAGACACAUGAGAAGUUUAGUUUCAUUUUCCGCAGAGAGGGUGCUGCAUAUAUAUCAUGACUAUUUCAUCCUAGUUGUAUAAUGCACGUGUGAACAUUUUCCGUAUUAGAUUGUGGUAUCUAAGGUGAUCAUUUCAUGAUUGUUGCUC